AUCUCCAAACUGCCACAGCAGUGAGAGAGAGUCUGACGUGAAUCCCCGAGGUUGAGCCACUGCCGCGCCGAUGGAUUUUAAAGAGUUUGGAGACGAGUCUUCCGAGGGAAACACGGAGGAUCUGGACAGCCUGAAAGCGCUGACGGAGAAGCUGAAGUUACAGACCCGCAGACCAUCCUAUCUGGAAUGGCAGGAGCGAGUCCAGAGUGGACCGUGGAAGGAAAGGAAUUCAGCAGAGAGCCCGGACUCUGGAGGACAAGUCGUUUCCAUGCCUGCACUCCUGAAAAAUGAGAAGUCAGAGCUGGUUGUGCGCAACAUCUGUGGCUUUGAUACUAUUGAUGAUGCUUUGGAGUUUCUGAGGAAAGAGCUGAGGGAGAUGCAAGUUCAGGACAACCGUCUGGCCCGCCAGCUCAUCCGUCUGCGAGGGGAGAUCCACCGGCUGAAGGUGGAGCAGGUGUGCGAUCGUCACAAGGAGAUGCUGGACGACGCCACGUACGAGCUGGAGGAGUGUGGAGAGGAGUCGGACCUGCUGUGUGACAUCCCCAUGAAGGCUGCCUUCGCCCUGUCCACCCCUCUCAAACACCUGGGCCUCACCAAGAUGAACAUCAACUCCAGACGUUUCUCACUGUGUUAAAAAAACCACAAGCCUUACUCACACUACUGAGGAUGUGCCUCCUCUGUGUUUGUGUAGCCGUGUAAUUAGGGUUGUUUCCUCUUUGGGAGGUGUUGUGAGGUCAGAGUGAAGAGUGGCUGCCAGAUUCUGGUGCCAAGAGUAAAAAAUGUAAUGUGUGCCUUGGCUUGAUAUGUGUGAGGAAGCCUCUGUGUGCAGGCCUGUAGGGGCACACACCUUUACUACCAACACAGCUUCCUGCUGGACGGCGUCUGGGCUGCUCUGCUGUUGACUCAUCUUCACACAGUGCAGAGUGGAUCAGAGAGAAUGAGUGAAGGCUAGACUGAAAUGUGAAGUGGAACGAGCAUUAUGUGAAAUAUCACAUAGUAGCAAGGUCAUUAGGUGUCGCCAAAACAAAGUUUCACGUGUGUCAAAGAAGUGCACAGGGAGAGUAGAACUGUUUUGGUGAAAUAGUGUCAUAGAAGUAAGAAAAUGCUAACUCUGGGACACAAAACGGAGACUUUUCAGACCGGUCACAUUGCUUUGCAUCAGUGGUUCCCAAUUUUAUUAAAUAAUGUUUUUUAUUCAUACAGUGCUAAUUCACAACAGAAGCCAUCUCAGGGCAUUCCUCAUGGUAAGAUCGAGACCUUAUGACAGUAUGCAAUGGAAAGAAAGCCAACAGUUCCCUUUGAGUAGCUUUUUAGCAACAGUGGGAAGCAGAAAAAAAUACCUUCCACCUAGUAACAAUCUCCACCAGAAGCAGGCUUGGAGAGGACAGCCAUCUACCUUGAAGCAGUUAAGGUGAUGCUAAAGCGGAGAGAAAUAAGGAGAGCAGAAACAAAAAGCACAUAAGAGAGCAAUGGACACUGGAGAGGUUGGUGAGACCAGUAACAAGUGCAGAAGAUACCUGCAAGGAGGACAAAACUAAACAUCUAAAGGAGAGAGGAGACACAAAGUUAGUGAUAUUCAGUGGUGGCAUAUACUAUGGACAGAGAGUGAAGGAGAUGAGCGUAGAGAAGAGGUGCUCAGUGCAUCAUGGGAAGUCUGCCAGCAGUCUGGCAGCAAAACUAAGUGAUGGAUCAAAGUCACCUGAGCAGCUCUAAGUAUAACUUAACUAAGUCAUAAUGCUGAUCUGAGAGACCUUGAGGCAGUUAACAGGAUAACAAACAACAAAACCCCCAGAUGUUUCCUUUCAAAUUAUAUCAUUUCAAUUCAAAACUCUGGCUGUAGUGGUUCCAUGCAGCGAUGAAGAGCCACAAUCAGACAGGCAUUGCUUCAGUUUAAGAGGUCAAAAGUGUAAAAGUUGGGAGCCACAGCUAUGAUGAAAUCAAAAAGUAUGAUGGCAGUGCUUCUGAAAUGUUCAGCAGCACUUUAGAGUAAACAGAGUCCUUUAAUACAAAAACAUGCUGGAAGCCCUCAUGAGGCCAUUGUCUCUCCCAGUGACCUCACAGGAAGCAGGAGGUCACACUCCAGCAUUUUUACACCUCUUCUUCACAAACCAAAAAUAUCCCCGUAGGCUCUCCGAUGCAGUGACAAGACCCAGGAGGCUGUGUGCCUCAUGCAUUUUGCAUUUUUCAUUACCAUGUCCAGAUGCUGCAGAGAACAGAUUGCAAGCUAUAUAUGGCUGGACAGAGACCAAGUGUAGGUUGUUGCUCAGUGGAAAAUGUAGUACAAGAUAAAUGAUUUGUUAUCUAGCUCAGUAAAAACAAGGGAGAAGAAUGAAUGUUUUGUUUUUUACAUUUGGAUGUGUAAAUGUAUAAAACUUUUAAUGACAUUUUUAUGACUGUAUGCACAUUGUUAAAUCGUGCUACUGUAAUAUGAAUAUGAAUGUACCAACCUGACAAAUGAAUAUAAAAGCAACAUGCCAUAAAAUCUAAA